CCUAGACCAGACACACACAGGCCAGACACAUCCCAGCCACGAUGAAGCGCAAGGUUGGCGCUCUCGAGAAGAUUGAGGCGGACCAUGCCGCGCUCCGCUUCAAGAUCAAGCGCGACCCGCAGAGCUACCGCGACGACUUCAGCAACCAGUUCCAGCAGUACGAGACGCUGCGCGACCUGUUCCUGCAGAACCCGUCGACCCAGGGCACCGGCCUGGCCGACCUCAAGGACCUGGUCGAGUUCGUCUCGCACGUCGCCGACCUGUACCCCGACCUCACCGCCCAGUUCCCCGCCGACCUGCAGCAGAUCCUGCUGCAGCACCACGAGGUGCUCGAGUACGAGCUGCGCGACAAGAUCGUCGGCAGCCUGUGUCUGCUGCGCAACAAGGACGUCAUCGACUCGGUGGCCCUGCUCAACACCCUCUUCCCCGUACUGAUUGCGACUCCCAGCAAGUCGCUGCGCCAGCUCAUCUUCACCAAGAUCCUGUCCGACCUGCGCUCCGCCAACGUCAAGACCACCAACCACAAGCUCAACCGCACCAUCCAGACCGUGCUCUACAACCUGCUCGAGUCCGACAAGGAGUCGCCCAAGGGCAUCUGGGCCGUCAAGAUCACCCGCGAGCUGUGGAAGAAGCAGAUAUGGACCGACGCCCGCGCCGUCGAGGUCAUGCGUCUGGCUGCGCUGAGCGAGAACGAGAAGGUCAUUGCCGGCGGCGUGCGCUUCUUCCUCGGCGGCGACAAGGAGCGCGAGGAGGCCGCCGACGAGAGCAGUGACGAGGAGAACAUCGACAUCGCCAAGAUGCGGCAUCAGGCUGGCAUCAACAAGAAGACCAAGAAGAAGGCCCGCGACCUGCGCAAGGCCGCCGCCACCGUCAAGCGCAAGGAGAAGAAGAAGGCGUCGCCGCACAUGCUCAACUUCUCUGCACUGCACCUGCUGCACGACCCCCAGGGCUUCGCCGAGAGCCUGUUCGCCAAGCACGUCCAGAACACAAAGGCAAAGCUGCAGCUCGAGACGAAGCUGCUGGUCCUGCAGCUGGUCUCGCGUCUGGUCGGUCUGCACAAGCUGACCGUUCUGUCGCUGUACUCGUACUUCCUCAAGCACCUCACCCCCCGACAAGCCUCCGUCACCAGCUACCUCGCCUGUCUCGCCCAGGCAACCCACAACUACGUCCCCCCAGACGUGCUCGAGCCGCUCGUCCAGAAGAUCGCCAACGAAUUCGUCUCCGAAGCUUCAGCUGCCGAGGUCGCAGCCGCCGGUCUGAAUGCCAUCCGCGAGAUCUGCGUCCGCCAGCCGCUCGCAAUGACCGACACCCUGCUGCAGGAUCUGGUCAUGUACCGCAAAUCCAAGGACAAGGGCACCAUGAUGGCCGCCAAGGGCCUGCUCUCGCUGUACCGCGAAGUCGGCGCCGACCUGCUGCACAAGCGCGACCGCGGCAAGGACGCCAGCAUGGGCAUCCGCUCGGGCGCCAUCAAAGAGCAGCGCUACGGCGAGGAAGCCGCGGGCGGCAUCGACGGCAUCGAGCUGCUGGGCGCCUGGAAGGAGGAGGAGCGCCGCAAGAAGCGCAUCGAAGCGGGCCUCGACCCCGACGGCACCGACGGCGACUCGCAGCUCGACGAGGCCGAGGACUGGAAGAAGUGGGAGCUCGAGAGCGACAGCGACAGCGACGAGGAGGGCUGGAUCAACGUCGAGAGCGACGGCGAAGAUAUCAACAUCAGCGACUCCGAGGACGAGGACAAGGGCAAGCCCAAGGCGAAGAAAGCGAAGCUCGACGCCCCUGCGUCCACAGACGCAGCAACUCCAGCACCCGCCCCCACCCCCGCCGAAGCCGCCGCCGCCACAGCCGCCCAGAUCCAAAAACUCCUCACCACCACCAUCCUGACCCCCGCCGACCUCAAACAGCUCAAAGAACUCCAAGCCUCGACCGCCAUAAACGCCCACCUGCCCUCCCACAAACGCGCCGCACUCCUCGCCGCCCGCCACGCCGACGAAGCCAUCACCGCCUCGACCAUCGAAGCCGCGGCCUCAUUGGGCAAGAAGAACACGCGCGAGGAGAAGAUCGCCAUGGCCAAGGCGGACCGCGAGACGAACCACCAGAGCACGACGGCGAAGCGCAAGAUGAAGAAGGAGAGCGAGGGCAAGAGCACGACGAAUGCGGAGAAGGCGCGGAAGAAGAACUUUUUGAUGACGCUGGGGAAAGCCAAGAGUAAGAAUAAGAGGAGUUUGGGCGAUGUGAAGAAGACGAUGCAGGGGCAUGUGGAUCGGAAGAAGAGGGGCGGGAAGAGGGGGAAUAAGGGGAAUUAG